UUAGGAUUUUUACUCCUAGACCUAAUGUCUAUUUUAAAUUUAAUUGCAGUGAAAAUAACUGUCUCCUCGAACACUCUUUGCUGCCUUGAUAAGCUAAGCCUCUUACACUAAUGCACUCGUUGCUGAGCGAGCAAAGGAUGGCAGCCUCAGUAAUAUACAGAGAUUUAAUCAGCAAUUGCGCAUAAUGAGGACUGCUACGAUCAAGCGGAAGCUAAAACAUUACAUAGAAUUAAAAAUAGUAUAGAGCGGUUGGGCAGUGUGGAUCUUAACACAGCAUGUCCGGAGACAUUGUGGGAGCGUGGGACGUGUCGCUAAGUGAUGGGGUUUACCGAGUUGAGUUUGAACAUGGAACAACAACAGGAAAACGGGUCAUUUACAUUAAUGGGAAGGAGGUGUUGAGGAGGGAUUGGAUGUUCAAACUGGUGGGCAAAGAAACAUUCCCUGUUGGGAGCACAGAUACAAAAGCAACCAUCUCUAUUGAGGCGAUCACUGGGUUUUCCUAUGAGUACACACUGGAAAUCAACGGAAAAAGUCUCCAAACUUUUUUGGACAACCGAUCAAAAAUUUCCAAAACAUGGAUGUUGAAACUGGGUGGUGCUGAUUACAGGGUAGUUCUAGAGAAAGACACUAUGGAUGUGUGGUGCAAUGGACAGAAAAUGGAGACUAUGGGGGAGUUUACAGAGAAUGGAAGCGAGACACACUUUGCAGUGGAGAACCAUGAAUGCUGCAUUAAAGCAACAAGUAGUGGAAGGAAACGAAACGGAAUAGUUCAUUCCCUGCUGGUGGAUGGAAUCAGGAUAGAAGAGGCCAUUGAGUAAAAUGGAGGCUAAUGGAAUUCAGCUGUGCAAGACAUUUAGCAACAGUACUUUAUCAGAAUUAGAUACAGAUGGCAUCGAACAAGUUUUGUUUCUUCAGUGGAUCCAGUGUGAUGGUAUUUGUUCAUUUAUUUGUUACAAAGAUGUUAAAGGCAUUAAAGU